UCGAAUGCCGGAAGCGCCCUGGACCCUGUCAUGGCGAGCCCCCAGGUGCUCGCGGGCAUCCUGGGGUUGCUUUUCGUGUCUGCCCUGCCCCAGGUCCUGGGAGUCCGCUCUGGCCUCGAGCGCCGAGUCCACUCAGGAGACUCUGGCCAGUCUGGGCCUGCAGCCCAGGAGCCCCAGGGGCCUUCCCUCCAGGAGCGGCGCGAGCGGGCCCGGACCGGCGUGCUGCCUUGGGGCGCGCUGUACACCGCGGCCGUGGUGGCUUUUGUGCUCUACAAGUGUCUGCAGCAGGGGAAGGAUGAGGCUGCUCUGUUGCAGGAGGAGGCAAGCAGGAAGAAGUCGGUCCACUCAGACCAGCAGCUGGCCCAGCUCACACAGCAGCUAGCCCAGACAGAGCAACACCUGAACAAUCUGAUGGCUCAGCUGGAUCCCCUUUUUGACCGUGUGACAACAUUGGCUGGAGCCCAGCAGGAGUUGCUGAACUUAAAGCUACAAACCAUUCACCAGCUCCUAGAAGAGAGCAAGCCAAGCCAGGGUGCAGAGGUCACAGAGCCAGAGACCAGCGUCCCCUUUCCUGAGGACUUGGGGAUAGAAGAUGCCAAGGAGGAGAUUGGUGACGGUCAAGACUGGGAGGAGCCCCUAAACUGGAGCCCAGACUUAAAGAAUCUCACUGCCCCAUGGGGCGCAGAGCAGGGCCUAAGAAGAAGAUGCAAUAAGGCUGCCCUGAGGAAUCCUAAUCCUAUUCAAGAAGAAGCCAGAGCUAAAGAUUUAGUAAAACAAAGUCUAUUCUUAUGACUGGAA